AUGGACAAGGUGAUUUCUAAGGGCAUUCUUACCUCUCUAAUGUUUUAUGACAAGAGUGACUACAUCUUGAUAAAUGAUGAAUUGAUCAAGCACAGGGAGGUGGAACAUGGCUGUGGAGUAUGCCAUCAUGGGAUUCAAGUUUCAGCCUCUAUUAGAGAAUGUGGAAGAAACAAGAUGUCUCAGAACGUGCAGACUCAGAGGGAAAGCUUCAGUGUCCCCACGUGUACAAUUCAGGUUCUUGGCAAAAUUACUCAAAUGGCCGUUCCAUUUUUCCUAAGCAAGAAUUGUCUCUACAAGGAUGCCUGUGUGACCAGGGACAAGGGAGGAAGGAUUAACAGCAGGAGGGGUGGGCCUGACAGGCCCACUCCUCUUCAGACCGAGCGUAAUUCAAAGCGGCGGACGGGUCCGGUGGGCGCGGCGUGGAGUAGAGCUCCUGCGUGGCUGCUUCUCUCGCCGCGCGGGGCUCGGGGCUCGGGGCUCUGGGCUCCUGGCCGAAGCCUGCGCUUUCUGCUCCCCUUUGCCCUCUAUGCUCAGCUCUAUAGAGAUCUCAGCUAUGCUAUUCCGGGCUUUCUGGGAGCCGCCGUCUUCCUACUGUUCUUCAGGACCUGGCUCCUGGAGGGCGACGCCCCCCCUCCCCCCCCCCGCCUCCCGCCUCGAAAUUCCACUUUGACCUCUAAUGAAUCCUCCUCCAACGUUCCCAGCGUCGUCUUGGACCCUCUUUUAUUGCAAAAACUACAAAUGAAAUUGGUUCAGAAGGUUUGGGACAGGAUGCUGACAGGAUAUGAUGUUCAUCUGAGUCCAAAUUUUGAAGCGUCUCUUUCUUUCCAACUGUACAUGAACAUGAAAGUAUUUUUAACUCAGUAACUCAGUUCUUCUGGAAGACAUCUUGUGCCCAUGAGGGGAGCCAAAUUAAAGGGCAUCUGCAUGGUGCAGUCUGUUAAGCCUCCAACUCUUGGUGUCAGCU